UCAAUAGAUAUUGGGCUAAUUGUGCCGUAUCAAUUCUAUGGGAAUAUCCUUUUAAAACUAAUGAUGUUUAUAAUGGUCUAUUUCCUAAAGUGAUUCAAAUCUAUCUCACAUUUAAACAAACUGAGAAUUCUCAUGAUGAUCCUUUAGUUAACAGACCACUUUAUGAUUACCCGUCAUUUCUCAAAGAACUCCCAUUUGAUCGAUUUUUAAAUUCAGCUAUAGCAAAUAAUUGCUCUGAACCACUAAUAGUUGAAUUAUUUAAAAUUUUUCAGAUGCAUUUAGUAAAGUUACGUCGGUUUGAUCUUAGCCACCUACAUCUUAAUUUUAAUGGACUGAUAAUUUCUAAAGUUUUUCUUAAGUACUCUUCAAUAUUUAAUAGAUUGUCAUAUUUAAAUUGCACGUAUUAUUGGGAGGUUGAUGGAAUCCAAAAAGUCCUAAAAGCCCUGAUCUUUAAUCAAUUAGCAAAAAGCUGUCAUAAUAUUAGAAAUAUUAAGGCUACCGUAUGGAGUAAAGAAGAAGGAAUUGCACCUGCAAAACUUAUAAGCUCUCAAAAAUGUUUAAAAAACUUUCUAUAG